AUGACUGGAUGGCCGACAAGCAAGCGCCAUAUUGAUCCAGAACUGGGCAGAUAUAGGACAUAUCAAGAUGAGAUCACAGUGAUCGAUGGAAUCGCGUACCGAGGGCAACGCAUCAUAGUGCCUUCAAAAUUACGCCAUGAAAUGCUGCAGAUCAUCCAUGAGUCCCACCUAGGGAUGGUGAAAUGUAAACGCCGUGCUCGGGAUCUGCUGUAUUGGCCGAGCAUGAAUGAUGAUAUUGAGCAGAUGAUCACUCGUUGCAAAGUGUGCUUAGAAAACCGCAGAGCAAACUGUAAAGAGCCAUUGAUACCACACGGAGUACCACGAUCGCCGUGGGCAGAAGUAGGUGCGGACCUAUUUCAUUUCCGUCAGCGAGACUACUUAAUCUGUGUCGAUUACUAUUCGAAGUAUCCGGAAAUAGUACUGCUUGACAACGAGAAGAGUAGAGCGACAAUCAAUGCAUUCAAAUCUAUAUUUGCACGUCACGGGAUACCAGACACCGUCUUCAGCGACAAUGGACCGCAGUUUUCUAGCAAAGAGUUCCGAGACUAUGCGAAGGACUGGGGUUUUGUACACGACACGUCAAGCCCGCGUUAUCCACAGUCGAAUGGACAAGCAGAGCGCUAUGUACAAACCGUAAAAAACAUGCUGAAGAAAGCAGAAGCAGCUGGUGGUGAUAUAUAUCUGGCCUUGAUGGCAUAUCGCGAUACACCACUAGAGGGUGUUGACAAAAGCCCGUCGCAGUUGCUCAUGGGCCGCAGGCUGAAAACGAGGUUGCCAGUAACCAAAUCAGUCCUGAAACCAUCAGUGGACUGGUCUGGUGAAGACCAUGCACGUCUGAGGGCUCGGCAAAAAGUGUACAAGAAACACUACGACAGAACAACCAAGCCGUUGACUCUACUAACACCAGGAGAAGUCGUUAGGUACAGGAAAGCAGAGAGGACGCCAUGGGAACCUGCAAAGGUGAAUAAUGUCUACGACGCACAAAACCGUUCGUACAUCCUAGACGUCAACGGGAAACAGCUGCGCAGGAAUCGUAGAGACAUUAUUCAGACUGGAGAACGGACAGUGCCUGAACCAGUUCAUGAAAUUGAGGAAGAGAUGCAAAACACGGUGGAAGAUCAGAGUCCUCAGCGAGUGGCUAGUUCUGAGACAAACCGAGUUAGUGCUAGUGGUGAGGCAAAACAGCAGGUUAGGCGUUCGGGUAGAAUCACCAGGAGACCUGCCUAUCUUCGUGACUAUGAAUAG